GGGCUGCUGGGUGCUGCCAUCAGCCUGUGCUCCAGGCAGCCCUCCCCACACGCAGGUUGCUUCUCCCACCUGAACAGCCUCUUCCUUCCAAGUCCUUGAAUUAUCUAAAUGGAUCCAGAGAUCUCAGUCGAGGAGCAAAAUCCUUUAGAACUGGACUUAAAUGAAAUUACUAGGGAACUUUUAUUUCUUGACCAAUGGAGGGGAGUCUUCAGGUAAGAAUCACAGGUUGGGAAGCAGUCAUGCAACUCCCCAGAAUCAUGAUGGCAGCCAUAGAUUUGCUGAGGAAACUGGAGGUGGAUCCAGAAUGUCCCCAUCCCAAGGACAGAGACAGUUGUCAUCCAGUGGUGUCUGUUCUAUUCCGAGACUCGCCGUCAUCUCUUCAAAACUGCAUGGUUUUCCUAUCUCCCCAGCAAUGGCCACAAUGUUGCAAAGAAGCCUCUUUGGAAAUACGAACCAAGUCCUCGGCAGUGACUGGAGAAAGGCACAUUUCAAGUUCCAUGAUCCCUUCUCUGAUCUGGCUUUUGCUUUACAAGUCGAAAAGGGAGGUGCCCAGAGCAUUCAGAUGGCUGUUCAAGGAUCUAUCAUCAAAUAUUUACUGUUCGCAAGAGAGGGGAAAGACUGCAGCCUUCACAGCUUAUGUAACCUGAGCCAGCGUGAACAGGAGCAAGCCCUAGCUGCUGUGUUAGCUGGCAUCCUGUGGGCUGCAGGCACAGCUCAGAAAGCCAUCGUCUGCUUUGUCACCAAAGACAUCCAUAGCACUUCAACUCUCGACUGCUCCAGAGACAAUUUCAUUGAGAGGCUGCAGCUGUUUGAAUUCUCAGAGAAAGAAGCCACUGAGAAAUUCGUCUAUGAUCAUUUACAGCGUUUCCAAGGAGAAGGAAGCCAUGGUGUCAUCCUCUUCCUCUACAGCCUGGUCCUCUCCAGAACAUUUGAGAGGCUUCAGAAGGACCUGGAUAGCACCACCACUCAUCUCUUGCAAUCUCAAGCUGGAGGCAUCUUGUGCAGGCAGGCAGUUUUGAACAUGAUUUUGACUGGGAGAGCAAGUCCAAAUGUCUUCAAUGGCUAUGAGGAAGGAAGAUCUGAGGGAGCAUUACAUGGAGUCCUGACCCGCAGUGAUGUUGGCUACUUGCAGUGGAGUAAGGACACUGCUGAGGGUGACCAGCUCUCACAGGUAGGCAGCAGGCUGAAGACUCCUGUGUUUCCUAUCUGGCUGUGCAACAUCAACGGAAAUUACAGCAUCCUUUUCUGCACAAAUAGGCAGCUCUUAUCAGACUGGAAAAUGGAGCGCGUCUUUGAUCUGCACUUUUACAGUGGCCAGCCCUCCCAGCAAAGGCCUGUGCAUCUUACAAUAGAUACUCAUUCUCACCAAUGGGAAAGGGGGCACCAUGAAGAUAAACGCGGAUCGGGAAGACGGUUUUCUUCGCUGGAAAUGUUAAUCAGAACCAAAUGGAGAGAGGCUACCAUCAACUGGAAUGGAACUAGUCCCUUUUUCUAAAAAGAAAACUAGGAAGGACUCUGAAGGGUCAGAACAAAAAGGAUGAAAAUGUGCAGUGCAGGGGUGGGCGUUUAAUUCCUAUAUUUCCCCUUUCGCGAGUCCCACUGAGAAGCACCCCUGUUGGUUUCUCAUUCUUUCGCUAUGCUGUGCCUUUUCAGUCAUUAUCAGUGCUGUAGAGAAUGUGUUUUUAUCCCAGGGUCUGAGUGGUAAUUCCUUCAUUUAAUUCAGAAGAGAAAACACUGUCUCUCCUCUUCAUGUUUUCCGAAUUGUUCUUUUUCUGUGGCUUCACUAAGACUGGAGGCUGAGGCUCACUUCCAUUUGAGGAUGAAGUCAUCAGAGUGCAUCAUCGGCUUUUAGUCAUGGCAACAGCUCAAGUCUUCUCGAGCCUUCCUGGUACAGGCAGUGCUCCUCUCCAAGGACACCUCUCACAGGGCCACAUUAGCUAAGGGGCCUCCUCCUACUGGGAGAGGGCGGUGCCCAGUGGGGGAGGAGCUCUGCAGGUGCUCAGACGACUCAAGCAGUUAAAACAUCAGGCCAAAGGAGACAUUCUUCCUACCGGUAUUCUUUUUGUUUCUUUCUCUUAAGGUAGAUAUAAAUAAUAAUAACAUAAACAGAGACCGUCUUAUUCCUGCAUAAAAUAAGAUUCUACAGUCUUUUCUCAUCUCAGUGUUCAAAGAUGAAAACAUCCUUUAAAGAAUGGGAUCUUUCUCUCUUAUGCUAAAUACCCACACGUUUUCUGAAAAGGUACACAUACUAGACACACAUUCUUUCUAGAAGAUACAGGGGAAGCAUCUAGACAUUUUCCUACCCCCACAGCCUGUCUGCUGACUCACUAAUUUAGGGCUUUGGGUGUAGAGAUCAAAGAGAUUCCAAGGAACAACUUCUCUGCACUCGGGGUCCAUGUUAAUUUACUAAAUGUCUUUUCAUUUGGCUUAAGAAUAGUAUUAUAACCUGGAAUGAGUGGGGAAGACAAGGCUUCAAAGUGAAUAAUAACUUGUGUCAACAGAGAAAGCCCAUUGGCUCAGGCGGCUGGCUAUGGAAUCUUUAUCAUCUGCGCUUUCAUUGAGAAUUUUAAAUACAAACGCUGGUCUCCUUUGGGCUUAGCUGCAUUGUGUUUUGGGGGAGGUACAUUGUCUCUUUGGGGGUUGCUAACUGGGGAGCUUGAUUGCCAACCAUGAAGCACUGUGUCGGGUAGCACUCAGUCCCAGAGACAUUGCCAAGCCUCAGUAAGAACAGUUUCUUGGCCCAAGAAUUGCCUGGGGCCUGGUCCCUGGGGACUCCAUGACUCUCAGAUCAGCUGUGGUCCCUCGUGUCUGACUGAACACAGGUUCACUUGCUACCCAAAUUCAGGGCUCUGCAGAAGGAAGAAGAAGGGGGUUACUGAUGAGAAAACCCAGCAACUCUCACCCAAAGCACAGAGCUCCUUAUAGCAGCUUGUUGAAAAGAGCCCAGGUCCCCAAUUUCCACCCCUACCUUUAUUUGUUCUUUGGUGUUUCCAUAGUCUUUGAAAUUUUAUCUUGUUUAUAGCUAUGUUAGCUUGCCACGUGUCAUAUGUUGUAAUUCAUGUUUAAAUAUUCCUGAAACAAAAUUGUAUUAAUAAAAUAAUGACAGUGAAGGGAAGACUAAGUUCCCAUGUUUAUAUGGAAAGAUAAUAAUUGUUUUACAUAAAGGUAUUCUUCACUAGCA